AUGCCUCCCAAGAAGCAAGAAUCUUUCGCCCCUGGUGACGCCGCCAAGGGUGCCAAGCUCUUCCAGACCCGUUGCGCUCAGUGCCACACCACCGAGUCUGGCGGUGCCCACAAGGUUGGACCCAACCUCCACGGUCUUUUCGGCCGUAAGACUGGUUCCGCCGAGGGUUACGCCUACACCGACGCCAACAAGCAGGCCGGUGUUGAGUGGAACGAGGACUCUCUGUUCUCCUACCUCGAGAACCCCAAGAAGUUCAUCCCCGGUACCAAGAUGGCCUUCGGUGGUCUCAAGAAGACCAAGGAGCGCAACGACCUCAUCACUUGGCUCAAGGAAAAUACCGCAUAA